CCAUGAUGGCGGCGGCCCCGGGGAAGGGGAGCGGGGACGGCAUCGGGGCUGUGCCCGCCGCUACCCGCCUGCAGGCCUACGCCUGGUGCCGGGAGUUCUUGGCCGGCUCCUGGAAGCUGAUCGGGCCCGAGGAGUUCGCCAUCGGACCCGUCAGUGGGGGGCUCAGCAAUCUGCUCUUCAAGUGCUCCCUGCCCGAGCACGUCCUGAGCCUGGGGGAUGAGCCCCGCCAGGUCCUGCUGCGUGUCUACGGGGCCAUCCUGCAGGGUGUGGACUCCCUGGUGCUGGAGAGUGUCAUGUUCGCCAUCCUGGCCGAGCGGGCGCUGGGGCCGCGGCUCUACGGGGUCUUUCCCCAGGGCCGCCUGGAGCAGUACAUCCCGGUGAGGGGAAGGGGCUGGGAGGGGGGUGGUCGGGAGGGGGGCAGACCCCUCACCUCACCCCUGCCCCCCCUGCCCCCCCAGAGCCGUCGGCUGCGCACGGAGGACCUGCGGGACCCCCACAUCUCCCAGGAGAUCGCGGUGAAGAUGUCGCAGUUCCACGGGAUGGUGAUGCCCUUCAACAAGGAGCCCAAGUGGCUCUUUGGGACCAUGGAGUGGUACCUGCAGCAGAUCUCAGAGUUGACGUUCCCCGAGGAGCUACAACAGGAGAAGUUUCAACAGCUCCAGGCCUACAACUUGGAGGAGGAGAUGAGGAGCCUCAGGGAGCUUCUGGAGUCCACCCCCUCCCCGGUGGUCUUCUGCCACAACGACGUCCAGGAGGGGAACAUCCUGCUGCUGUCUGGGCAGGAGGCAGCCCCCUCCGACAGGCUCAUGCUCAUCGACUUCGAGUACAGCAGCUACAACUACCGGGGCUUUGAUAUUGGCAAUCACUUCUGUGAGUGGGUUUACAACUACACCCAUGGCUCCUGGCCCUUCUUCAAGGCCUCCCCCGAGAACUUCCCCAGCAGGCAGCAGCAGCUCCAUUUCAUCCGUCACUACCUCUGGGGGAACGGGGGGCACUGUGGGGACACCACCCCUGAGGAGCAGACCCGCAUCGAGGAGGAGAUGCUGACUGAGAUCAAUCGGUUUGCUUUGGCCUCCCACUUCUUCUGGGGCCUCUGGUCCAUCCUGCAGGCCAAGAUUUCCACCAUCAAGUUUGGGUACCUGGAGUAUGCACAGAGCCGCUUCCAGGCCUACUUCCAGCACAAGGCACAGUGCUCCUGAGUGCAGCCCCUGCCCCGGGACCACCCGCAGCCCUGCUGGAUCCCCCCACGGCCCUGAUGGACCCCCCUGCAGCUCUGCAGUCCCCCCCUCACCCUCUCAGCAGCCCCCCUCAUGCUGUGGGGCCAGCAUAGGAGGCUGGUUUCCUCCUGAAGGGGCUGCCCCACAAGCUGGGGGGGGCCUGGAGUGUUUGGGGUCGCGUGGAACGGUUAUGGGGGUCUGGGGGAGCCCCUGCCAGCAAGUGUGGGGUAGCCUGGAGCAGAGCUGGGGGCUGCCCCUGUCUGUAUCCAUCCUCUCCCCCCCGACAGCAGAAUGUGCCCCCUCUGCGGACCAAUAAAGCUGGAUCAUGGAGGAUGGGCACAGUGUG